AUGGCAUUUUCAUUAUCAACGAAAUCUAUUGGAAAAGGACCACGAUCUAAUAGUACUAUCCGUACAGCAAUAGCACGUGAUUAUGAUCGAAAAAAAUUGGCAGCAAAACAUGAAGUUAAACUUGAAAGAGAUUAUGAUACACUUGAACGUAAAAUGAUGUCACGUGCUAAAUGGAAUCAACGUGCUGAAAAUAAUAAUCUACGUCCAAAUCAAACAAAUAAUAAUAAUAAUAAUCAAGAUCGUACAACAAUAUCUCUUGAACAUUAUAUACAAAGAGAAAAAAUGAAACAAGAUAAUAUCAUUAAUGCAAAACAUAUGGCCAAUGAAAGAAUUCGACGCUCUUCAAUAAACACCUUGCCAAAAGUUUAA